UCUGUGAUUGCUGUCAUUCCUAGACAUCAGGUUAUAUCUCGCUAAAAGUUUUGUUAGUAUUUUAAUGUAUAUCUAGAUUCACGUUUUAAUUUAGUGCGGUUCGGACAGAAUUGUUUAUUAUUAUUUCUCCAAAAUGGCCACUGUAGCUGUAGAAAACCAGAAUGAACGCAAAGAACUGAUUACUGAGGAAAUAAUCCCAGCUAUGGAUUAUACCCUGAAACAUCCUCUUCAAAAUGCAUGGACUCUUUGGUAUUUAGACUGUGAUCGAAACCUAAGUUGGGUAGACAAUAUGAAAGAAAUUGCUUCUUUUCAAACAGUUGAAGAUUUUUGGAGUUUAUACAAUCACAUCAAACCAGCCAGUGAUUUGAGGCAAGGCAAUGAUUAUUCAUUGUUCAAAAAAGGAGUCAAGCCUAUGUGGGAAGAUCCAGCAAACAAAAAAGGUGGCAGAUGGUUGAUCAGCUUGGAUAGAAAGCAAAGGUCUGCUGAAUUGGACAGAUAUUGGUUGGAUGUUCUCUUAUGUCUGAUUGGAGAAGCUUUCGAAAAUUCUGACGAAAUAUGUGGUGCAACCGUCAAUAUUAGAGGAAAAGGGGAUAAAAUAGGUAUUUGGACAUCCGAUGCAAAUAAUGCAGCUGCUGUGUUAGAAAUAGGAAGGAAAAUUAAGGAAAGGCUUCACAUACAUAAUACAAAAUUGGUGUAUCAACUCCAUGACGAUCAAAUGGCUAAGAAUAGCUCUACCACCAAGAAUGUCUACUCUCUUUGAAAUGUUUUGUACUGACAUUUAGUCUUGUUGGUUCUUGUCCUAAUCACGACAUUUUCUUGAAACUUUCAUAAUAACUCUUGAUUGCCAAUUAUUAUUAUAGUUUUGGAAAUUAUUUAUUGUUUAUUUCUUUAUGAGUUUCAACUUAUAAACAGAGAACCAAUUCAUAUUCUCCUUCAAGUCGCUAUGAUUGGAAGAUGAGGAGUAUUAUGUUUGUAAUAAUGAAAUAUUAUAAUAAAUAAAUGAAUAUA